CCCAAAACCCUCCAGGUCUCUCCAGCUCAAAAAUGGCAGCUCUUCUCCUCUGCAUUGCCACCAUCCUCUGCUUCCUCACCUCCGCCCAAGCCAGGAUCCCCGGCGUCUACACCGGCACCCCCUGGCAACCCGCCCACGCCACCUUCUACGGCGGCAGCGACGCCUCCGGCACCAUGGGCGGCGCGUGCGGGUACGGCAACCUGUACAGCCAGGGGUACGGCGUCAACACGGCGGCGCUGAGCACGGCGCUCUUCAACAACGGGCUGAGCUGCGGGGCGUGCUUCGAGAUCAAGUGCGACGCGGCGCAGGACGCCAAGUCCUGUAACCCGGGCAACCCCUCCAUCCUCAUAACCGCCACCAAUUUCUGCCCGCCAAACUUUGCCCUGCCCAACGAUAACGGCGGCUGGUGUAACCCGCCCCGCACCCACUUCGACCUUGCCAUGCCUAUGUUCCUCAAGAUCGCGCAGUACCGCGCCGGCAUCGUUCCCGUCAAUUUCCGCCGGAUACCGUGCAGGAAGCAAGGAGGCAUCAGAUUCACGAUCAACGGCUUCCGUUACUUCAACCUGGUUCUGGUCACCAACGUUGCGGGUGCAGGGGAUAUCGUGCGCGUGAGCAUCAAGGGAAAGAACAUGCAGUGGAUAGCCAUGAGCCGUAACUGGGGGCAAAACUGGCAAUCCAGCGCCAAUCUUGUGGGCCAGGCCCUCUCCUUCAGAGUUUUCGGCAGCGACCGACGCUCGUCCACCUCUCUCGACGUGGCGCCCGCUAAUUGGCAGUUCGGCCAGACCUUCUCUGGAAAGAAUUUCAGGGUCUGAAAACCACCCUAAAAAUGGUUGGGAAUUCUUGGAAUUUGCAACGGAGUCCUCCGUCUUUAUCUAUUUUUCGCUAUUCCCCUAGAAGAAAGAUAUUAUUAGGAAAUGUGUGGAGAAGAAAGUAUAAAUGAAGUAAAGUGUGUGGAGGCUGAAGCGGCUGCAGGGAAAAAUAGAUGUAGCCCGCAGCUUCUGAUUAUAAAUUUAUAAUGUAGUAGUACAAUAUUGGUAAGGAGAAAAAAUGUUUCUUCUUUUUAUAA